AUGCAAUAGUUGGACGCAACACAACACCACCACAACCAACACAACCACCCCUACCAUCACCUCCAACCACGACAACCACCACAUCCAUCACAACCACACCAUCAGCCCUGUGCUCACGUCCCGCCAUCACCUCAUCAGGUAAAUCACAUUCAUUUGGAGGACAAACAUGUGAUACAAAAGCGAAGUGCAGACCAAUCGCUGAGGAUUAGAGUCUUCUAUGAUUCCAGUGUUAAGCGGAUCCCAAUCGAAAAAUUUCAGAUAAUUAAUAACUCAGUCCUACCUCAAGCCCUCGACUACUGGCAAAAGGCAUUACACGUCAAACCACUUCACGUUCCCAUUCGUCUCAAUCGCAAGUGUCCCAACAAUCAGGCGUUUUUCCCCAACACUGAUCCGCCCCAUCAGUACUGCGUUGAGAAAUGCGAAAACAUUACCACUUGUGGCGAAGUGAUUGUUCCCGAAGACCACUUAGAGAUAUGUCGUGUCUGUGAUGUGAACGGAAGGAACUGUCAGUUAUAUAAGUCGGACAACGAUUGGUCGCAAAUGGGGAAAGGCAUCAAAGACGCGGACUUUGUGUUUUACGUGAGUGCUAUGCAAACUGAACGCUGCAAUAAAGGCCAUACCGUUGCCUAUGCGGCCCAUUGCCAACAGGAGGCCGCACUCGACCGUCCGAUCGCAGGUCACGCGAACUUAUGUCCCAAUUCUAUAUCAACGAAACCUCAAGAUUUAGAGACUUUGUUAUCAACCGUUAAACAUGAGAUUCUUCACGCACUCGGCUUUUCUGUCUCUCUUUACGCGUAUUUUCGCGACAAAAACGGCGAACCAUUGAGUUCUCGAGGAAGGAAUGGAAAGCCCAUCAUUAGCCGACACCUGAAGGCUCCGCAAUGGAGUGAUAAUAUAAUCAAACAAAUAGACAGAAAUGAUUGGAAAGUGCGAAACGGUUCAGUCAAGCGCUCUAUACAUAUGAUAGUGACUCCCAAUGUUGUGAAAGAAGUUCGAAGACAUUUCAAUUGUACAGAACUGGAGGGCGCAGAGCUCGAGGAUCAGGGAGAGGAUGGCACUCAUCUGACACAUUGGGAGAAGAGAGUGUUUGAAAAUGAAGCCAUGACUGGAACUCAUACGCAAAAUCCUGUUUAUUCGCGGAUCACUUUGGCUCUGAUGGAAGACACGGGCUGGUACACUCCUAACUACGAGUUGGCACAACCACUGGAUUGGGGCAAAAACCUUGGCUGCGAUUUCGCCCAAAAGAGUUGCAAACAUUGGAUCGAUUGGAGGCGUUCCAGAGGAGAGAGUAUUCACCCAUUUUGUGAUAAAGUGAAAAGAGAUCCGUUGGAAACCGAAUGCACUGAUAAUAGAGAUGCGGUCGCGUUGUGUAAUCUUAUGGAAUAUUCAUCGGAUUUAAUGCCAAAGUAUCAGAACUUUGAUUACAUUCCAAGUGUGAAGAACAGUAACGACACGGCCAGGUAUGGAGGGUCUGUCAAUUUGGCCGACUUUUGUCCAUACAUUCAAGAGUUUACGUGGAAAUUGAAUGAUAUUGUCGUUCGCGGAUCCAAAUGUCAAUACGAGGAGAAUAAUCCCAUUCCAGAGAAGAAUUUUGCGUUAGAGUAUUACGGGUCGGACUCCAAGUGCUUCAAUCAUAACAGUCAGAUGUGGGAAGAGAGGACUUGCACUCAAGUCAGGCAAUGGCAACACUGGGGAAGUGGUUGUUAUAAAUAUCGAUGUAAUGAAGGACUCUUGCAUUUGGAGAUUAGAAACCAAAGCUAUACUUGUUUUUACGCCAAUCAGGAACUCAAAGUACAACUCUAUGCAAAUGAUUGGCUACAUAUCGGCACUAUUGUCUGUCCUCCUUGUAGUCAAAUAUGUCAGGACUGUAAGCCAGAGCUGACCACUAAUGAUAUUCGGACGGCAGACAAGCAUAAGACAACUUAUAAGAAACAUUUCCUCAAGUGUUACAGUCAUCCAAAAACGCCAAAAGCUUUAUCUGUGAUUUGUUUCAUAAUUUUAAACCAUUUAAUCCGUUAUGUCUAUCAAAGCUGACCAACGAUUUGAUUGAAUUGAGUUUUCUAUAAUUUAUAUCAUUGUAUAUAUAAUAUAUUCAACCGUAUAUUAGGAAUAAGUUAAAUGAUUUGUUGAUUCCAUUGUUUAGAUAAUCAAAAACGAUAUUUUAAUACCGGUUUAAUUGCAC